AUGGAUGCCAAAAAUGGUCUUUUGGAUUCGUCAGAAGAUGAAGGUUAGUUUUAAACUUGAUAUUCGUAUUGAAGUCGCAUACAAGGGAGACAGAUUGGUGAUGACUCGUCUAUCGUCAGGCGACCUGUCGAGGUUGGCAAAUAUACUGUAGACUUAACUUUUCGAUCCUUAUUUUGAGUGACCCUCAAAAAUAAGUGGUGAUGCAUUUAAGCUUAACUCAACAUUUCUGUUGAAAAAGUGUUUAAAAUGAGCUUAGUUUACGAAGCCAUGCAGUCCACUGUACAAGUAUGAACAAAACCUUCACCAUAAAAGAGUCUUUUCAAGUGUCACCUCGAUCUUGAUUGUAUUAAAUUGUGUGUCAAAUGGGAGGACAAAAAACAACAACAAAGGACGAAUUUUGGUGUUUUUGAUAUAUUUAUUAUGAAUAGAUAUGCUGCUAAAUUAUUCCUGUACAUUUAUGUCUUUCAGCAUUUAUUGCCAUAGCAAAUGAGUUGUUGGACAAAUGCAAUCUUCCUGGUAGAGUCUCUAGACUGGAGGAAUGUAAUGAUAGCUUUUUUGUGGGAGUUUACAAAGGUCUACUUGGAGAUGACUUGCCUGGUAAGGUGGAAAGAAAGGCACUCAGGAGGUGCAUGUGGAUACAACUGCCGUAAAUCCUCUAUUGAGCCCCCUGGGGGGCUUAUUUCUUUCAAACACAUUUACGUAAGAGGGAGGCUUAAUAAAGAUGGGGGGCUGAUUAUUUGAGAGGGGGGCUUAUUUAAUUCGGCAAAGAUGGACUGCAUCAGUUCUUGAUUAAUUGAACUAGAGUGUAAAGUGGAAAAGUAUUUAGUACAAUAAGUUGGAGGUUAUGAAGUCGAGGUUCAAAAACAAAUCUGAAAUUCUAGCUAGUGAAUAAACCAUCCUGGAUCAGUCCACACAAAGUUUUACAGUCAUAAUUGAUUGAUACAGUCUAUCAUUUAUUAGUGAAUAAUAAUGAGGAGGGGGGGGGGGGGGGCUUAGAUUAAUGGAAUUAGAGUGUAAAGUUGAAAAGUAUUUAGUAAAAUAAGUUGGAGUUUAUGAAGUCGAGGUUCAAAAAAAAAUCUGAAAUUCUAGCUAGUGAAUAAACCAUCCUGGAUCAGUCCAAAAAAAGUUUUACAGUCAUAAUUGAUUGAUAAAGUUUAUCAUUUAUUAGUGAAUAAAAAGGAGGAGGGGGGGGGGGUGGCUUAUUAACUUUCUAACUACUAGCUUACUAACUUUCCCCUGAAGAGGGAGGGCUUAUUAGAAAGGGGGGCUAAAGAGGGGAUUUACGGUAAUUUUUAAGAAACAACACUAUUACAGUCUCACCUCCUUAUUACUAGCACCAAAGACUUACAGACACAUUGGUGUCUAUGAUUAAAAGUAUAGAAUGUAGAGCAUGUAAGAAGUAUUGCAAUUUGGGGCCAAGAGAACUCUCUGUUAUAGAGAAGUAUUUAAGGAGAGGUUUGACUGUGAAAUGGUUUGUUUUCCACCCAAAGUUAGACUAGCUGUCAAUGAAAUUUAUGCCAAAUGCAAAGUACACAGAACAGAAGACAAUAUUCUACUAUUAUUGAAGAAUGUAAACAUACUGACUGCUAAAUGUUAUUCAAAAAUGUUAUUCAAAAUGUUAUUGCAUUUAGCUGAAUAUUUUUUCAAUACUUAUUUGUGCUAAUGUUGUCAUCUCAGGCAUAAUUGAGAAUCCUAUAACAAUUGAGCAGCACAUUAUUAACUGCCAAAUAGUGAUUGACUUGGUGGCCACAGACGUCCUUAAUGUGGACCUCUCGCACAUUUCUGGGAAAGGCAUUGUUGAAGGUGAUAAAGUUUCCAUCCGAAACUUCCUUGAGAUUUUUGCUGGCUUACUUGAGUAUUUCAUGGAGUGUGUGGAUGAAUCAGAUGCAGGUAUGUCACUGAAGGAGUAUGUGCAUCAAACAUCAAAGUAAUGAUAAAGCUCAUACUCAGGCUGCAACAUAUUAUAUUUUUAGAUACAAGGAAAAGGAAAUACAUGUACUCAAACUUUUACCUAAAAUAUGUAUAAAUAACUGGAAGUGUAUGCACAGUUGUUGUUUCAAGACACAUGAAAGUAGUCAGUAAAAAAAUUUUCAUAAAUGAUCUGGAAAUUAUUUCUUUACCAAUGUUUAUAAUUUACAGGUUCUAUUGAUGAACAGGACUCUAAUCUGUUGACCUCUGAGCAUGAUGUGAUUUCUGGAGUGUUAAGAGAAGAGUUUGGUCCCUCCUAUCAAGCUCUCUAUGAACCGAGAUCUCAAACAACCAGGUUUAUUUAAUUUCGUACUAGAAUUAAUAAUUUAUUUUAUACAUGUAGUUGUGAAAGGUGGGAAGAGGAACUAUAGGUUUACCCAAGGGGGGAUUACAUGUGUUAUGCCAAAAUCGAAAAUACUUGUAAGAUAAGUCUUUGCUGAGUGAUAAAAAAAACUACCUUCUUGUUUGUUUGUUUUUUUUUUUAAAUGUAAUAUUUAAAGUAUGUCAUUUGUCAUUUUUUAAGACUCUCUUAAUGUCCAUUUUUAUGAUUAUAUAUGUUGGUCAACUUAUGGGAAAUUCUAUAUCUAGUUUUUUUUUUUGCAGUAGCUAUUAAAUAUAAUAAACAGGUUUAUACCUUGAAAGCCCUUAUUAAAAGGACUUUUCACUCUUCUAAAUUGACUUUACUGGCAAGUAAAUUUGUAAAUUAAGAAUUUGUUCAUGCUUAGCGUGCGUAUAUCGAGUUAUGGAUGCAUGCGGGAAGUUUGGAGAGCACAAAAGAUGCGUAAGAGUUGCACGAGGCGAUAGCCGAGUGCAACUCUAGCUUCUUGAGUGCUCUCCAAACUUCCCAAGUGCAUCCAUAACUCGAUAUACGCACAGCUAAAAGCAUGAGCAAAUUCUUUUAUAACAUAGCUGACAAAAAUGCUUGCUUUUUGAUUAACUGCAAAAUUCUCGUAACGCGCGACACAAUAACAAACGGUUCUAUUGGCUGAUUACGAACACGCCACAAUCGUCUAGUUUGAAUGAAAAUAUUCUUUCUGUAACAGUGACAAAGAAAAUUUGCUUCUUUAUUCGUUAACGAUCAAUGGAAACUAAGCAGAAACAAAGGUAAAAGAGUCUUAAAGUUCACCUAAAGUUAAAAUGCUUCUUGACAUGUUCGUGAGAAGUCGUGGAGUAUGGUUUGGAUUUGCUAAAAAGAUCUUUACGUUUCGCUCGGCGAAAUCCAGAAAACAUGUUUUUAGCGAAGACGACUGUCAUCCUUGUUUAAACUUAUAUUCAUUUACGAACAUUGGCUAGUCAUUACGGCUUCUUGAGAAGACCUGGCAGCAGUUGUUUUUGUGAGUAAUAAAUUUAUGUUUUCUUGUGUAAUUUGUGUUGUUAUUGCGAGAGAAAUUUUCCUGCUUCAGUCGGAUUGUCCGGAGAUAACAAAGUGCAUAACAAAUUUAAAAACAACAAUAAAAACGGAAAUUUUGCCUUUAAAUGUUGUUGAUGACCAGUUGGUGUCUGUUCUGUUCCCAGUGAAUGUCUUUCGGCCAAAAUUUGCUGCAGCUGGUAUUCGACAAAUUUGCAAAACGCGCAACUUGCGAGUUUUUUUUUAAAUUCGGCUUUAUUUUUGCUGCUUGUUGGAUCAGGACCGAAAAGGUCAAUGCCGAUAGAAAAAUUGGGCAGUUUUUCGCUGGUUUCUUCCAUAUUUUAAAGACAAGGAAAAGUGUACUGCAGCUUAAAAGACGACAACUUUGCAGCCAGGGAAAAAAAAAUGCUCACGUCAUCUUAUUUACGCACGGGCGUGCGUAAAUAAAGAUUUUGUUCAUAGCGGCUCAAUAGGACUUAUAUAGGGAAAGCACGCGCGUUAUGUUAUAAAACAUAAUAUUGCCAAAUAUUAUUUCAAUCUUUGUGUGUAAUACUUUUAAGUUAAAACAGUUGCUUUAUUCUUUUAGGCCAAACCAAUUCACAGAUGAAACUGGACAUCCAGGUGCAGAAGGAGGUCAAAAUUUUGGGGGUGACCUAUUAAGAAGACCACCACAUGGAGAUCCUGACCCUGCUUUGAUGAGAACCGGAAAUUCCACUGGCUUUGAAGCUGACACUUCAACGGUAUGCUUUUUAACAUUUGUAUUAAAACAAGUGAGUAAAUUUGGAACCCACUGACAGUCACUCCAGUGUAAAAUAGGAAACAGUUUCAUUGUAAGUUGUCAUGUGACCUUGAAGUAGUGUGGUUCCAGGGUUCUAGCAGCACAUCCCCACCCAAAAAUUCCUAAAGUACUCCCCCCCAGGGUUGGUUUGGUGAGUAAAAGGAUGAUGAUGCAAAGACUAUUAUAUUGCCUGUCACCAUGUUGUUUCACUUUGCUGAGUUUCAUUGAAUUUCAAUAAACUAUAUGUAAGUUAUUUGUGUACCCUUGAUUUUGUACCUUCUUCACUAAUCUGGGCUCCCAACAGUUUCAGAGCUCAGCCCCGUGCAAUACCAUUUGAACAACCCUAGCUAGUAGGCUAAGCAGGAUUUGAGCCCAGGGUGACCAAGUGGCAAACCCCUAAACCAUGUGGUGAUGUUGCCUAGUUACAAAAUAAAUGUAGUUUACACUUAACGGUAUGUUGGAUUGAACUUACAGGCAGCCACAGUGGUCUGAACCUUAUUACUUGUAAGCUCAUAGGGAAUAUUUGGAUAGUGCGUAGCCCUCUCCUAACUUUGCUGCUCAAUACUUUACCUCACCAGUUAUGCGACUCAAGGGACACUGUGAGUGAUUCAACAGGGGAACUGAUCAGACUUGGGGAAACGACCUCAGACAGAGUUUCAUCUAUGAAAACUGCAAGAAAAGAGACCAGGAACCCCCUUCCAGACUCAAGAUCUAGCAGUUCUGCUUCAUCUCCUAUUGCUUCUCAGGAGCAGCACAAGUUUUUUCAAAGUGGUAACGGUGAGGGCCGAAGCGCUGAGAAUGCUUCUCGAAGGUUGGCUACACUUAGGGAUAGUUCUCAUUCUCAGGGGACAGGAGCUUUUGGCAGUAGAUCUAGGUAGGAUUACAGGUUUAUUGAUUAAGUCUACAGUAGUAGUUACUGGGAAAAGGUUACUACUAAAUUUAUUUGAUCUGAAGAAGCGAACUCUUUGAGAAGAGAGAAUAAUAUGAUGAUAUUCCAUUUAUUGUUAUAGUUUAGUGGCUCGUAUGAAUUUGAAAAUCACUUUAAGGAGCAGGUUCUCUUAGACAAUUAGCCUGCAUAACAGGCAUUAUUGGGAGCAUUCAGGCAGGUUUUUGGGGUGUGAGUGUGAAGUACAAGAUACAGAAGAGGAUCAGGGAAAAAGAAAUAAAUAAUAGCAUGGUAUAAUAUAAUAAUUAUUUUUUUAUCUUUCUCUUCUUCUGACAUGUUUCACGCUUUGCACCGUUGCCCCAAAACUAACCUGACUGCCUCCAAUAACACCUGUUAUACAGGCUAUCAGAGAGUAAUUUAUUGCUCGCUUUGCUCACACGUUGUCAGACCUCUCUCUUCACUGAAAUAUAAAAAUAAUAUAUUGUUCUUUCGUGUAGUAUGUCAGUUUGUUGGGGGCAACCUUUUGGUGGACUACCGACACAUCCUGGAUAGAGGGUUUUGCUACUUAACCCUGGCUCCUGACCCACUUGGCUUACACUUUAUCUCCCUCUCUCCGUGUUUGCAUUAAGCUACACUGUACAAGUCUGUUUACUUGGACAAUGUUUUGUAAAGAAUAAUCUAAUGACCUCAAAAGAGAUUGUCAGUAUUUCAUGAUGUACAAGUACAAACUGCAUGCUUAAAGGCUGCUAAACUAACUCUAAAAUUAGUUUAUAAUGAUCAUGGUGUAUUAUUUUUAGGAGGCCUGAACCAUCUUUGCUCAGCCGAGAUGGCACAUCUAUGGAAGAUGAGCUGACACAAUACACUCUAACCCCUACAGUGAUUGGGGAUUCCUCUGGUGCUAAAGAUAAGGUAAAAAAAGCAAUGAAAUGUAUAAAUUAAGUCUUUUGAAAUUCUUUUGUAACAUUGCCUGUUACAACACAGCCUAAUUGAUUCAGAAUUUAGAGAAAGUCCAUAUAAUCUAAAAGGAAAAAACAAGAUUGUGGUUCCACGAUUUUCUACAAAUUUUAUGAACUAUUACAUACUGUAUAGAAGCGCUGUACUAUUGAACUUUUUUUCUGAUCACUUUAAUAACUCUUGCAAUUUCACACAGUUUUCCAGUGAAGUGAAAAUGGAUCUGUUGUUUAAGGAUUUUAGUUUCAACAGUCUAUCAACUCAGUCAGAGCCCAAGAGAUCAUCUAAUUUUUAACUUUUAAUUUUCAAAUCUGUGAAUUUUCAUGUAAUUAUCAAAUCUUAAAUUUUAACCUAUAUUUUUAGCAUUUCAUGUACAUUUUUUAGCUUUUUCAAUGUAUAUUUAAACCACAGUUAGAUAAGAAUAUUUUUUAGUACACACCACCCCUCAAGCAAUUUACUGCUUUUAUAAUUAUUGAUUGUGUUCAAAUGAAGGAUGUUCAUUCAUUCAUUCAGCAAUAAAGUUAACAUUAUUAUAAUUGUCAGGUAUUGUCUGUACAGUUCAUGUAAUUCCUUUAUAAUAUUAUUAUAAAUGAGUGUGGGCCAUUUCAGGACAACACUUACCCAGAAGAUCAUAUCCCAUCUUCUUGUGUCCUGGGCGCAAAAUAUUCGUUCUAUUUACAAGAAACAUGAUGUGUUAACAAAUGUCAUAGGUUCUCUUUCCAAAGAAAGUUUCCUUUGCUUCCCAAUGGCCGGCCAUGCUCCACAUUAACUUACUGAAGACUUAAUAGUUUAUACUUAGUUACACCUAACUGUUUGUUUGCAUUGCUUAAUCGUAUUCACUUACAAGUAUCACGCUUAACCCUAGCACUCAAUGAAGUUUGUGGAGUCACCUCUUAAAUGUAAUUAAUACAAUGACUAAGCUUGAAAAAAUAAUUAUUACUUUUUUGUCAUAAUUAUGAUGUUUUUAGUCAGAGCAUCGUUCACCCGAAAACCAAGACAAGCCUUUAUCCAGCUUUCUGUCUGCAUCCUCGUCAUCUGCAGCAUGGCCUGAACAGAUAUCUCCUUUGGAACCCACAAAAGACUCUUCUAGUGGAGCAGUAGGUGGAUUUGAUGCACUAGGUCUCCGCCCAAGAGAGCGACCAGCCAAGACUGUAGUCACAGACAGUGGGUCGCAGGAUGGCAGUGAUCAAUCAGCUCCUGUGUAUCAUCAUUAUCAUCAUCAUUUUCACCACACACAGCCUCAUGGUAGACUGCCGUCAGGUAAUAGUGAAAAUAAUACUGUAAUAGUAAUACUGUAAAUCAAGGGAAAAGAAUGUUUCUCAUCUCCGCCUGCCUCUCUUAUUUUUUUUAUUUGUUAUUGGAAAAGUCGGAACGAGCAAAAACCAAUAGGCAUUACUUUAAACAUCAACAAUUUUACAAUCCUGUUUAAAAGGCCUUACUUUCCACAAAACGAAGCAUUAAUAUUAAAUACUGAGUCCUACUGACGUUUUUAAUGGGCCCUACCUCUUGAAAUAUAUCAUAUGACAUAUCACGUUGUUUAAAACAUGUAUCAACCAAAUCUGUGUUGAAUCAAUAACUGACGUUUUACUUAUUAAUAUUUGACCGAAGAACUCUUACUUUUCCAUGGGGUAGGGUAAUAAUUUGUUAAUAAACUCUUCCAAAAGAAAGCAUUCAAUUGGCAAUAAUAAAAAUGUUGAAAAUAACAAAAAAGCGUCCACCCACUAUUAUUUUUAUGGAAAUCCGGACGAGAAACGUUUGCUUUUUUUUUACUUGGCCUAAUAGUAAAUGUAGUAGGUCCAAAUGAAGUUUGUGGUCAUAGAUAAGCGUAAUCAGGGCUAGGAAACAAAGGAAAUUGAGAAACAAGCAAGAUUGAAAUCAUUUUUUCCCUGAAUUUCAUUCUGGCCUACAACAGUCAGGGCAGUCUCUAAGGACUGGGUGCCAGGGAUUUCCUCUGGUUACUAUGUCGGAGCAUUUCCCCUGGCUACUUCAGUUACUUUUAUAGAAAAAAAAGGAGAAAUCAUUAGUCGAAUGACAAAGAAAGAAAACGCUGACUCAUAGGCUUACUUUAGAACAAAAGCUCUUUGAGCUAGGCAGACAAUCUGACUUACAGUGUAGUUUUAAAGACAAUUUUUUCAAUAACCGAUAAGCGUAAUACCGUAAAAUUCCUAAAAUAAGCCCCGGGGCUUAUAUUUUUCAAACGUCCUUUCCGAGGGGCUUAUAUUCGGAGGGGGUUAUCUUUGGAGGGAAAUUUGUGUUUCAAAUCGAUUGGGCUAGCCUUACAGUUGUAAGUAAAUUUACCGUUUUUGCUUUGUUUUACUUUGUAUUUGAGGGCAAUUUUCCUUGUACAAGCCCCCGGGGGGCUUAUAUUUGGAGGGGCGAUUUAACGGAGGGUUUUUUGCGUCACCGGUUUUGGGGGCUUAUAUUUGGAGGGCCUUUUUUGGGAAUUUUACGGUAGUUCUAGUGGAGCGCUUAAAUAGAGUUAGAAAACAUAAAAGCACGUUUAAUAAGCUUCAGUAAAAAUUACUUCUCUUAGUACAAUAAAACCUGAGUUUCCCUCUUUAGCCAGCAAAAUGAUACUGUCUUGAGAUAAAAUGUUUUCUCCGUUAUUGUAUUUAUACAACUUCGUUUUUUGCUUUGUUGUUGUCUUUAGUUUUCAAAAACGCUGUAAGACAUGCGGUUUCCUCUCGAAAAAACGCUGACAAUGCGAUUUCCCGCCAAAAACGAGGCGUGCACUUGUGGCAUUUUACAUUUGAUUACAUGUAGGAUGUUCCCAGUUUCAAAAACCCUCGCUUUCAAAAUGAGGCUUUCCACAAGGUGCAAAACUUUCAUCUAAAUGUUACUGAUUUGCGUAAGAUUGAAAAAUGAUUUUCAUUUCAAUUAUUUGACAUUUACCCUUGUUUUAAGGUGAUCUUACACAGAACGAUUCGCAACGACGAUUUUUAGCGCAACUCAGUAUUACGACAACUGUUUCAAAUGGUUGCAACAUUGUUGCAACAUUGUAACGCUGUGUUGCGCUAAAAAUUAUCGUUGCGAAUCACGUCCCCUGUAUUAAAUAUCGCCUUUAAGAAAGAGGCUUUAAGAAAUUCGGUUCCAACAAAAUUCGGUUUCGACCGCGGCAGGAUUAGCUCAGUCGGUAGAGCGCUUGACUGCAGAGCGGGAGGUCGCGGGUUCGAUUCCCGGGGCGGGACCAAUACUCAGGGUCUUAAACUAACUGAGAAAUGAAGGUACUCCCUUUGCCCUGCAAAUGGCUAGACCUUCGCGUGGCUCGGAUGACCACGUAAAAUGGCGGUCCCGUCCCCAGUAGGAGACGUAAAAAUAGUUUCCCCAAUUAGCACUUUCGUGCUAAAUACAUUGACGCUCAAAUAAAGUGCAUAAAGUGCAUAUUUGUUGCUUAACAAACAGUGGGAGAUGUUGAAGCUUGUUGGAAGAGUAAAAAUGAAAACCGGCAAAGUCGAUAAUGAGUAAUACCCAAACAUGUCCAACGGAAUAGCACCUUGCUCAACAAGUGACUUGAUCCUGACAGAUUUCUUGCGAAAAUGAGUGUUGAAAGCAAAAUGUGAUUUUCCUUUUAAAGAUGGCACAUGUACCCUCGUUUUGAGAACGAGGCUUGGAGCAACUCGGAACUGGCUCGCAUUUUCGGGCACGGAAAGUGUUUUCUGCUAUCCAUGUUUUUACGAUCCUUGGGAGUUUUAGUGCAAAAUAGGCCAACAUACUUCAAAUCUUUCCAUUUGAAACUUACGAAAAGUCACACUUCUGCUAAUGAACUUGGUGCGCUUAAAAAUAUAUAUAUUUUUAAAUGUACCAAAAUGCUUUUGAGAGGCCUAUUUGGCACUUUAUUACUAGAAGUAGGCAGCCAGCAAAUCUGAUAGGGAAGAAAAGGGUCAUUAUAAAUGAUUUACUGUAUUCAUUACCUGUAUUGAAAAGAAUUUCAGUCUUCGGCUGAGGCGAGUACAGCAGCCACAUUUGGUGUAGCAGUUCCAACAAGUCAUCUAUCAAGGUCAGAACCGGUAGCAACAAGACCUUUAGGUGGAGUUACCUCUGCACAGGCCGACAGCCUGAUACGGACUGCUCCCGCGGAUCUUGCCCUCCAACACACAGGUAGAGUUAUUUGUUGAUAUAUUAGAUAUGAGUCAAGGUUGAGCUCCAAAAAAUUGGGUGUCCUGUGUUCAUAUGGUUGUGCUACAUUACCUGUGAAGAGAGAUUUCAUAGUGUGCUAGAAGGGAGGAAGGUAUAGCGUGUAUACAUUUGAAUUUAAGUGCAAGCUAUUAACUCUAAUGGAGGAAGCCUAUUGAGUAAAAGCCCAGUGGUUUCUUUCAGGCUUCCUCACCACUAGGUUUUUGAAGACGUGCUGUAUAUAACUUAACUCAAUAAACUUGAAACUACAUUGUGCUCAAUCUGAUAUUACGCCUCCGUUACUCCUUGCUGUACAGAUUUAGUGAGGCCAGGAUUUUUAAAGAAGGCUAAUAGUUCGUUUUCUCUGUAGAAGCUGCAUAUCCAAGAAACACUGCUGUGUCAAGGACCGACUUUACUCACCCUUCCCCUGCUGUAGUUACUACGUCAAGUACGGGGGUGACUGUUUCAAGUAUAGACCUUACCCGCCCCACCACUGCUGGGUUGUCUGUGUCAAGUACAGAAUUUACUCGCCCUCCCCAUGCCGCGUUGGCUGUGUCAAGCACAGACUUUCCUCGCCCUCCCCCUGCUGGGGUGACAGGAACCACGUCAACCUUGACGGACUCAGUGUUUUUAUCAGAGUCUGGAUCAUCACGUAAGGCUUUUGACCGUAUUCUUUUGGUGAUCUAGAUUCUAUUUAGUGAUCGCAAAACAAAAACAUAUACAGUCAAAUUUCUGCUAUCGACCACUCUCGUAAGCGACCAGGGCCCAGUUGCUCGAAGCAUGGUUAGCGUUAACCAGCGUUUAAUACCUUGACCACGUAUUGGUUUUGAUACUGCUUAACCAAUGGUUAAAGCUAACCAUGCUUUGAGCAACUCAGCCCAGCUCUAGUUAGGACCACCUUUGUGAAACCCCAUUUGAACUGACUUAAACUUUGUAAUGAAAAGAUCUCGUAAGCGACCGCGACCACUUUUGGGAUUACCCAACUUGACUUUUCCUUUGUUUUUAAGCUCUCGUAAGCGACCACUCAGAGUUUUAUUCAUAUAUAAAUCAACACGUUAAUGAAACUGCGCACUGAGCUAAUGGUUCGUUGAUAAAGAUCUUGUACAGUGCAGCAUCGUAUUUGUAAAAGUUUAAGGUCAUUUCUGUAUCGAGCACUUUAGCCUGCGUGGCAACGACCACUCACGGAAUUAUUAAUGAGUUUUCGAAGCUCUCGUAAGCGACCACCUUCUAUUGUUUUACCGUGUAGUCGCUUGUGAGAGUUCAUCCUCGUAAGCGACCAGCUCUAGUUACGACCACUUUUUAGAAUCUCCGAGGUGGUCGCUUACGAGAGCUUCGACUGUAUCUAAAUAAAGAAAGAAGGUCUUCAUGAUUUAAAUUGAAAGAGGAAAGAAAAUGGGUAUUAAAUUUCUGAUACAUUUUUUAGGUCCUCCUUUUGUCAGACCGGCCACGGCUGGGAUGACUAGUGAAAGCUUUGUUGGUACAGAUUCGUUAAGACACAGACUGGGAAGGUCACUGAUAACAACAACAGCUCCCUCUACUGCAGGUAAAAAACGAUAUCUCUACUCACUGCAACAGCGCUGUCUAUUACAGGUAACCUACACUGGAACCUCUAUACAACGAAGUCCUCGGUAUAACGAACGAUUUUCUGUACCCCAGUAACGUUAAACUACUUGUAAAAGUGCCUCGAUAUAACGAAACCUCGUUUUAGCGAACGUAUUUUGCGAGUCCCUUGGCCCCUCGUUAUAUCAAGGUUCUAUUGUACAACGAUGACCUUAGAUAAUAUUAAGUUUAAUAUUUUAAAACUCGGAGGAAAUUCUAUUGUAAAUAGAGUCGAAUGCAAACUGUCAAGUCGCAAUUUCAGUUCUAAUUUUUUUUGCCCAGGUCCUCUUAUCUCGUUUUCAGAAUCAGGAAUCGUAUCUCGGGCUGAAACAACCCUAUUGUACGAGACACAUACAGAUGUCACGACGCAAGGGUGGUUUAAAUUACACGCCCCUGAGGCUUGUAAGCGAAGGGCGUGCAUGCAUAUAAAAACUUGCACAUUGUAAAGUAGCCUUUCAAUCUUACCUGUUACCAUCGUCUCGGGACAACCCCUUAGACGAGUCCAUGCUACCUCUAUUCUGAGGGAAAAUACUUGAAGGUGUGACAGACUGGUAGGAGAAGAUUACUGUCCCGAAACACGCGAAAAGUGGUUGAAAAACUUGUGGUUUUGGUAAAUUACAGAAGAAAAGAUCGUUACCUAUACAUUUCCACUAAGUAUCUUAUUUGACGUGAUGAGGUAGAGUCCUUGAGGAGAGGGGGGGGGGGGGGGGGCCAAAAAGCCCCCAAAAAAAAAAAAAGGUGGAAAGGGGGGGGGGGGGGGGGGUGGGGCCCGGGGUUGGGAGAAAAGCUCAAUGUAACCCAGAAAUUAAAACAAAAAAUAAAAGAACAUCUCUCACUCGAAAUUAUGAAAGUAGUAAUAGAACCAGGAUUUUAAGACAUAUCUUGGUGAGGAAGCUGGGUAGGGGAGGUGUGGUGAGGGGGGGGGGGGGGGGGGGGGGGUAGGCGGGGAAGAAGCACAGUAAGUAUAAAAAGGGGGGGGAGGGUGGGGGGGGGGGUGAUUUGUGUCCAGGGUUAUGGUAACAGCUUCAAUUGAACCAUGAAUUAUAAGCAGAAAUUAAAUAGCAUCUCUCUAUCGGAACUUGUAUGUUGAAAUUCUUAUUUAGGUUCUUCUUUGCCCGUGUCCUCGACAAUGCCAUCCACAAGUUACAGACCUCGCGGUACACUUGAGAGAAGUUUAGACGCGCGAGCAGCAGUACUGCAGCAAGCUGACAAGUUGGUGGACAGACUGAACAAUAUAAGGAGAGGACAGGUAUGUUUAGUUCAUGUCUACAAGACGGCCUUCAUUGGGUAUCCGGUCACCUCGUUACCAAAUCAUCUCGCCACCAAGAAAUAUGUAUCUUAUCGACGAGAGGAGCCCGCAAACCUAAUCUCCAGGGUGUUAUUACGCAUGCGUCGCAUUUAUGUAGCCAGCAUUCGUUUGGACUUCCACUAAGAAUGAAUGGAAUGCACAGAACGCAAUUUGAUCACGCGCGUUUGGACCUUCUAAUACUCGUAAUCUGAUCACUCGUGUUUUUGACUAUCUGUCACGUGAAACAUACGCAAAGUAGAGCGUUGGCGCAAAAGCGUUUUGACCUUCGAUUGUUGUCGCCCGCACUCCGUAACCGUUGGUUAUUACUAGUACUUAUCGAAAGGACAAGUCUGUAAAACAACAUUCCUUCCCUUUAAUUUUACUACUGAAAUUUAAGAGCUGGUAAGGAAGGUAAGUACCCUCAGGUAAUCUGGGAACGACCGCAUCGUAAUCCCUGGUAAAUGGACGAGUCUCGCGUUCAUCGAACCUAUUCUCACUAUUUAAAGUAUGAAGAGCUCGACAAGUUCUUGCCUAGUCCCUAGGCCUUAUUAUUGCGCGCGGCCGAUGCGUUUCGGGUCAAGUGGUCAGCGAGUUGUUCGUCUCGGAUACGUCACCGAAAUGCAUUGACCGAGAAGGCCUGGGAAGGCGCCGUACAGGGACUAGGCGUAAAGAUCGUCAAUUACGAUCAACAGAUUAUAUUUGUAUUUGGGCUUAACGAAGAAAUAAAAAUUCUACGGCCUCGUCCAAUUUUGGCUGUCCUCGGAAUUUUUUUCAUCCAAUUAUUUCCAAAUUGGACAGCAUGUAGUCCUAUUACAUAUACAAACUGUUGUAUAGACGUUGAUAUAUUAUAUUACUAUGUUCCAAGCUCGAUUUUGACGUACAUGUGACGUAGGAAGACACGUAGAUUGUUAUCUACUUCCAGUCACCUUGUUUCAGCGUUCUUAGUACCAACGUUACCAAACAUAUAAUGGUCUUUUUACAGCCAUUAGCAUCAACUUACCCAGGUAGAGCGACAGCUGAUUCUGUGCAGGCAAGGAUCACAGAUCUUGAGCCUUCAGAUGCAACUCCUAGUUCAGCAGCUGAAGGACGCCUUGCAAAGGUCCCCAGACCGGAAGCGGAUGACAGCGGAAGUGAAAGUGACAGGGAACUUGAUGAUGAGGAGCUAGCCCAGAACAGUGACAGUGCAGUUGGUAAGUUAGCCUUAGAAAACAGCCCAAAUUUCGCGACGCUACCACUGGUUUCCCAGAGAAAUGACGUCCGAGAAACGACUGCAGAAAUUCCAUACUGAUGACGUAUCACUACCCAGUUCUGGGUAUUGCCUCUGAUUGGUAGCCUGCGAACAGCAGACGCAUUUCUGGUCGUCGCUUCUCUCCCUCCGAAGCGACGACCGGAAAUGCGUCUGCUGUUCGCAGGCUACUGAUUGGUCGUCCCGCGAGGAAAUUUAGUUCAACCUGCAAGCCAAAAAAAUACAUCCGAUUAUUAGCCCCUCGAAUACCCUCUCCCCCUUCUGAAUUCGAUUUAUUGUUGUAUUUUAAAGCUUUUAAAGCUAAAUUUUAAUACUUAAACAGUUAUAACAAAACGUAUUUAAAUCAGCACUGCUAUAGCUUGUUUCGAAGCGUCUUUUCUUAUUACGAUAAUAAGCCACCUCGGAUAUAAGCUCCUCUGUUUAUAUGCCGUACUAAAACCCCUUAGGAAGAUUAUAAGCGGCAGUUUACCGUACUCAACCUACAUGAUUAAAUCAAACUGGCAGACUAUAGCAAACGCAAGUGUCUUGAUCUUCACAGAUUAUGGAAGAAGAGCACCUAGUGCCGCUGCGGGGGUGACACAAAAGAUGUCCACAUCUCGGCCAGGACGUCGCAGUGGAAGAAGCAGGAAGUCUCCAAGGAUACCGUCACCUCGAGGAUACAAAGGUAUAAGGCUUGUUACGCGGGAUGACGUAGUCAGCCAGCGUCGUAAAUUGGGGACCGCAUUCCUUUCGUAUUUUUCUUAGGAGUCAAAAAAUUGCCUUCUUUUUUUAACUUUCCCGUAUCCGGUGCCCGUCACAAAGAAAUGUGUGAUUUUUAUUGGCCGUAACUUCGAAUCACGUGCAAGUGAGGUUGGAUUGCACAAGCAGAAAAAAGAUAAUGCGUCAGCAAAGAAGGGAAGAGUAAGCUUACUGCGUAGAGGAGGACAAAGCCAAGACUGCGCUCUAACUUUUAAUACGGCGCACGGUGGCCCGAGGCGACUAAGACUUGGCCUCGGGCGACUGAAAAUAUUGUCCAGGUCACCCACCCGGGCGACAUGCUGGUUUUGGUUUCUUGAAAGCUAUAAUUUAUUACUUGCGACUUCGUAGCUCGCUCGGCCGCUUUGCGGCCUAAAAAGAACGUUCCGCAAGAAAGAAACUCUUGAGCUCAGCUUGUAUGCAGCACGUCUAUCAAAAAGCUUUUUAAAAGAAAUGUUGUUACAUGUAAGUGCGCGAUGAUGUUCAAAGAUCGUUCCACUUGAAGUCACAUGUAACAUAAACCUUGACUAUGAACGGGACAAGCUGCACAUUUUUCGAUUUUAACAGCUCUUCAAAAUAAUGUCCUUAUUUUUGACCCAAACAUUUUUUAUAAAAAUUACAUAAACAGACUACAAUCUUACUUACUGUCCCCUCUUUCGCAAGUGUCCCCUUGUGUCCCCAGUGUUCAAUGUGUCCCCUGUGCCCCUUUCUGUCCGUUGUGUCCCCUGCAGUUCCAAGGUGUUCCCUGUGUCCCCUGUCCCCCUGUGUGGUGUGUGGCUGUUACUCUAUGUUACCCUGUGUUCCCCUGUGUUACUCUACGUUACCUGUGUUAAUUUACAAUUAUUCCUCGAGCCCGAAUCGGCCGAAUGGGCUAUUGACUCAGAGGCCAUGAGGGCGAGAACUUAGCAGUGAUAAUAGACCACUAGUUUCAUUUUACCUAACUUGUGUUAGCCUGUCUCCCCCUUUGUUGCUCUGUGUUACCCUUUGUUACCCUUUGUUAUCCUCUGUUACCCUGUGUUACCCUUUUUUACCUAGUAUUACACUGUGUUCCUCUGUGUUACCCUGUGUUACCCUGUGUUACCCUUUGUUACCCUCUGUUACCCUUUCUUACCCUGUGUUACUCUCUGUUACCCUUUGUUAUCCUCUGUUACCCUGUGUUACCCUUUGUUACCCUCUGUUACCCUGUGUUCCCCUUUGUUACCCCUUUGGUACCCUGUGUUACCCUUUGUUACCUUGUGUUUCGCUUUGUUUCCCUGUGUUACCCUUAGUUACCCAGUAUUAAACUGUGUUCCUCUGUGUUACCCUCUGUUUUUCUGUGUUACCCUUUUGUUACCCCUUUUUUACCUAGUGUUACCCUUUGUUACUGUUUGUUACCCUGUGUUACUCUGUGUUACCCUGUGUUCCCUUGUGUUCCCCUUUGUCACCCUCUUUCCAUUUGUCCUCUUGUGUUUCCUUUGUCCCCAGGCGUCUCCCGUGUCCCUUGUGUUCCCUUUUUCACCCUGGGUCCCCUGGUGUUUCCUGUGUCCCUUGUGUCACCUGUGUCACCUAUGUUCUCUCUGUCCCUUAUGUUCCCCUGUGUUUCCUUUGUCUCCUUGUGGCCCCUGUGUUUCUUGUGUCCCCGUGUCUCCUGUGUCCCCUGUGUCCCCUUGCCCUAAGUGUCCAUGUUGGUUUAGGGGAGGGGUAGGUGGGCAGUUUCACAAAAACGUAAAAUGAUCCACAUUUUUAAUGCCCAUGGCCUUAACUAACAAAACUGGAAUAUUAUUUUUAUUCCGUCAAAAAAGACGAUUAAAGAAUUUGAAGAGAUGGUUCAUGGAAUAUUGUUCCAAUUUGGACUAAUUAUGUGAAGAUGUACACCUAAUAAAGUUGAGUUUCACCAUUUUUUUUUUUUGGAAAACGGCCAUUAUGUUUCAUAUAUGAGUUGGUAACGAUUCACUCCUGGUAGAUUGCAAGCAGUUUUUCAAGAAUCUUAACCAGUGAUCUUUCGUUGCAUUUGGUAGUCAUUAUUUUAUUCCUACUCCCCAAUAUCUCACCUCUUUUUUAUUGCAAUCAGAUUCUGAAUCAAAAGACGAGGAUUCUUCUCCCGAACGCCCCGCCCGCCGCGGCGUAACGUUUCGUGACACGGUAGAAACCUUUCCUGUUUCUGGAAGAAUGGAUCGUCUGAGACGCCUGCUGUAUGAGGAAGCUGAGGAGCAGCGGAAGCAACACACUAAAGUCAUGCGCCAGACGUACCGUGACCAGUUAAAAGAAAUACAACAGGAACAAGAGAGAGAGAAGGCUCUCCAGCAGAAACGAAAAAUGGCGGUGAGUACCAUACACAUUAUUUGAUAGCCUGUUCACAGGGCAACCUUUCCCCACCCCCACCCCCUUGCUCUUGCGGUCAGUGAUUCACACUCUACACUAACACAUGCUUUUCACUUUGGGCAAAUUGUUGGCAUAAGGGAGGGGUAGGUGGGCAGUUUGCCAGAAACCUUAAUAGAUCCUUAUCUUCUAUAGCUGCCUUCCAAUGUCCCAAAGAAAAGGCCAAAGAAGAAGAGUCCAGUGAAAAAACGCGGCAGGUUGGAGGCUGUUUAUCGGUCCCAGGUCAGGAAAUCCCGGCCGGUGAGAAGACCUGAAGUUACAGCCAGAGGAAGAAAGAGAAGCGCCUCGGCCAGCCCCGUCUUAACGAGAGGGAGAAGUGGCAGUCCAGGUUAGUGGAGAAAGUUGGCUGUCAGACUUAAGACUUUGAAUGGUAGUUCAAAUAUUACAUCGUUGAAAACUGGCUGUUCACCCAAAUCAUACUGUACCUUUGGCAUUGUUUUGGUAGGAAUUAAAACGUUUAAGACAAGCAUCCUGUCAGAACGUUUCUUAAUUUUUUUUCUUCUUGUUCUUCUUCUUCUUAGUAGUAGUAGUAGUAGUAGUAGUUAGUAAUAGAAGUAGUAGUACUACUACUCUUAAAACAUUAAGUCGACCUUUCCAGCGACGUUUAAAAACUUGAGCACCACACGAUAACAAUAUACAUUUAAGCGUUUAGCUUUAUCUACAUACCAUAACAUUAACCAUUUAAAAAUUGUUUUCGUUUUAUUUCUAGAUCACCCAGAUUUAUUACUCCCUGCCAUGUUAGAGGAGUUUCCCUUCCUACACGUGUCGCCCCAGACCGCACACGGCAUGUGGCAGAAACAGACGCGGCAUCUAAGCUCUGCUCUUAAAUCUGGCACCGAAGCGAGGCGAACUAAGACUCAAAGAAUGAUCGAAGAAGCUGAACGGCGACAGGAGGCCCUCGUGGGGAUACUUAAGAAAGAUCUGGAACAUAAUCUUAGAAUGGUGAGCUUUUACUGUGUAGUUUACAGAUAUCAUUGCGCAAUAUCUUUGAACGAGCGGAAUUUAACUAGAAUAUUACGGCAUUGCUCCCAUUUUAGACGGAUAGCUUUAAAAAGAAUUUAACAUUAUUAUUUUUUCCCAUGUUAUGUUUACAUUUUCACAUUACCACCUCCCCCCCCUCCCCCCCCCAACACACAAUAUACACACUCCCAGAUCCGUCGGACGUUUGCGCGUUUUCUGUACGUAUUUUUCCCAUUUUAAUUUGAGGGUGGUUUUACUUUACCUUUCUUUUGUGACACGUUAGUGCCAGACUUGAUGCACUGCGUUUAGUGCUUUUUUUCAUUUUACAGGGUGCCAACUCCCUGAAUUUUGUUGGUGCUUAGAAUUCUUCAUAACUACCCCUUAUUCUUGCACGAAGAUUUUCUAUUAUUAAAUUCCUGUCUAGUUUUAUAGGGCAACGUUUUGUGCUAAGUAUAGAAAGGAACAGGGUGUGACGUCAGGUUACCAUGGUAGCAGACGGCCGUUUGCAUUGUCGAACGAUGGAAGAAAAGUAUGGGCUACCGUUCUGUUCCUGGAGUGCAAUCAUGGACAGGAAAGACACGUGUCAAUUUUUUCGUUUCUCUGCCAUAUUUGCAAGACCACGGUUUGUUAAGAUGCAUAAAUUUCGCUACCAUGGCAACGUGACGUAACAAUUUUUCCUCUUUAUUGUUACUGCGGGUCACUCAGUUAUUCUCCUCCAUUGUAUAUUUCAGCGAGAAAAGCAGGAGAGGCAGCAACAGCAGCGUACAGUCAAAAGCAAACUGAGAGAAAAACGACAAAUCUCUGCGCGUGCGCGACGCUACUAUGAUGAAUACGAAGUACGCAUGCGCGCCAGGAUGUUGAAAAGACGCACACGGGAGGAGCAGGUCAGGAAAAUUAAAAUUUUCGUUUUUCACUUCAUGAAAUAAAACUAAAGAUGGAUUUGGAAGUAAUUUUGGGGAUUUUAUUUCCCUCAGAUCUUCAAGAAGUUGUUCGAUGAUGGUUUGGAUAUUCAGAAACAGCGUAUAAGGGAACUGAGAGAAUACGCUAAGGAAAAGAGAGAAGCUCUGGCUCAAAGGCAGCAAAAUGAAAUUGAAUCCCUGGAAAACUUGUAUCCUUUAAACUAUGACCUAUCUUCUAACCAAAAUAUUUAACAGACUAGUAGGCUCCAUUUCUGCUGCUCGGGUCUCGGGUCCAGUCGAGUUCUAGAGGCUCAUUUCCCAAACAGGAGUCGAAAGUUACGGUCAAACGGGUAACAAAAACUUGCAACUUGUUUUGCUACGAAAUGAGUUGAAAAAUAAUUUUGUGCAAGUUGCGUGAAUACAGACUUUUAAAUUGGAUAAAAAUACGCGGGAGUCACACCAUACACGGAAUUUACGUCCCUUGCUGCAAAACAAGUUUGCCUUGGGCCAGUGAAAAGCGCAACAUGUUUCCUUUUCCCUACUGCGCACGUGGCCUCUCGCGUGGAGAGCUAUCUCACAGGCGAUGUCUGUUUUGGGUAUCCGUUCAUAUCACUUAACGAAGACUGCGCCUUCUCCAUCCUCUGACUGUCGUUUUAUCCUUGAUGUACCCCAGUUAUCGUGACCAAUUUGCCAUGCUAUCUGAAGGUAUCGCUCGUGAGAGGUUCGAGAUGGAAGUACGCGAAAAAGCGCAGGAAAAGGUGAGUUAUCUUGCAGUUUUGUUGCUUUUGUUCACAUCAGAUUGUCCUUGAAAAUGAGAAUUACUAGAAUUAGAAACGUUAAAGCCCAUUUCCGAGCUGCCCUGUCCCUAGUGUACAACCACAAAUGUGAAAAAAAGGGAAUGAAAGGGGCACUUGGACUCAUUUUGAAAAAUAAAGAGGACGUAGUAAUCCGUAAACGACCUUUUUCGUUAUUUUUACGUUAAAUUGAACGCCCACCCGGUGUUUGGGAGGUCAUAGGCUCGAAUCCUGUCGGUGACUUAGAUCGUGAACUGCUCAUUAUUUCAUCUUCACAUUUGUUUCACCGAGCUUAAAAUUUACCAUCUUUCAUUCUUUCAUUCAAUUAUAUUGUUCAGUUACAAAGAAUACAAACUGAUCACCACGAUUAGAGUGUAGGGAAUGUACGGGGAGCCAAUCUCUUCUCUUCUCGCUCCAGCGGGGUGGGAAGAAGACAGACCCUGGGGACCAACUUGGCCGAGAGCAUGUAGAAUAAACUUUUUUCUCACCGUGCGUUACUGCAUUUUAGGUGUUACGUCAAAUGCGGAAAGAGUUACGUCACAAGCUGGAGCGUGACGUCAAGGAAUUCCAGGACAACCUACAGCGUGACGAGGAUUCUGCCUACUUUAGACAACUGGAGGCCGAUAGAUUGCGAGGAAAAUUUCAACUUGCAACUCGCAGCGCAUUCUACUAG